AUGCCUUCUCGUCAUAGAAUUGAUAUAGGUGAUGAUAAUGACGAUAAAUCUGAUAGGAAACGAGAUCGUGAACGUAGAAAGAGUGAGCGCAGUUGCAGUGCCGAAGGAAAUCGCAAUGAAUCAGUACCUUCACGAACAACAACCGUUAUUCCACCACCGAAACCAACGGUUCGUUUUCUUGACUUUGAUCUUUCGACUGUUCAGGAGUACUUAUAUCAGGAACGAGCAUGGAAUGUGCACUAUGUGGCAGUGAAUCCGUUCAACAAUCGACCGUAUUCGCCGCGAUACUAUGAAAUCCUCAAAAAGCGAUCCGCUUUGCCCGUAUGGGAAUAUAAAGACAAAUUCAUGGAGGUUCUGCACAACAAUCAGUGUCUAACGCUAGUCGGUGAAACGGGCUCAGGCAAGACGACCCAGAUUCCACAGUGGUGUUUAGAAUAUUGCAAAGCGAGAAGUAUACCCGGUCAACGGCGACUUGUCGCAUGUACUCAACCACGUCGAGUUGCUGCGAUGAGUGUCGCGACUCGAGUUGCUGAAGAAAUGGAUGUUCAGCUGGGCGCCGAAGUGGGAUAUUCGAUCCGAUUUGAGGAUUGCGUUAGUGAGAGAACAUUGUUGAAGUAUUGCACAGAUGGUAUGUUGUUGAGGGAGGCGAUGAAUAGUCCGCUGCUCGAUAAUUACGGUGUGAUUAUGCUGGACGAGGCACACGAACGGACGUUAGCCACGGAUAUCCUUAUGGGUUUAAUCAAGGAAAUUGUGAAGCAACGGAAAGAUAUAAAAAUAGUUGUUAUGAGUGCCACUUUGGAUUCAGGAAAAUUUCAAACCUACUUUGAGAAUUGUCCUCUGAUGUCCGUACCUGGUCGCACGUUCCCGGUCGAAAUUUUCUAUACACCUGAGCCAGAGAAGGAUUACUUGGAAGCAGCAAUUCGCACUGUGAUACAAAUUCAUGUCUGUGAAGAGGUUGAGGGCGAUAUUCUCCUAUUUUUAACGGGUCAAGAGGAAAUCGAAGAAGCAUGUAAGCGUAUCAAGCGUGAAAUCGAUAAUUUGGGUGCAGAAAUAGGUGAACUGAAAUGUAUUCCGUUGUAUUCGACAUUACCACCGAAUCUUCAGCAACGAAUCUUCGAGAGCGCUCCACCGAAACGACCGAACGGUGCGAUUGGUCGAAAAUGUGUCGUCUCAACGAAUAUUGCCGAGACGUCGCUAACUAUCGACGGCGUCGUCUUCGUGAUUGAUCCUGGAUUCUCGAAACAGAAGGUUUGUGAAUGA